GAGCAGUGACCCUCGGCGGGCCCUGUCCCGGGGCCCGUUGCCCCCCGGCUGUGGGGAAGCCCCCACGUUCCGUCGGGUUUGGCGGUUGCAGCUAAACUUCCCACCAGGCCUAUGGAGCCACAAGGGAUUGUCAAAGCCUUUCCCAAGAGGAAGAAGGUGAGGGAUGACUCAGGGAAAAGCAUCCCUCCAAAGAUCCCAAAAGAGGAAGGAUCAGAGAUAUCUGGGGCAGAAUGGCUGAAACCAGUCACUGCCUACGUGUUGCAAGCUGGCAUUGGCCAAGCCAGGGCAGAGAUCUUCCACAAGCAGAUUGUCCAGAAUGGCGGUGUUAUACGCAACCAGCUUUCCUCAGAGGUGACACACGUCAUUGUGGCUGAAGACAUGGACUGUGAUCGGGCCUUUCGUCUCCUUAAAUUAACCAAGCUACCUUCAGGGUUGCAGCUAGUGAAGGCAUCCUGGCUAAGUGCUUGCAUCAGAGACCAGAAGCUGCUGAGUACCGCCGGCUAUGGUGUCUUUAUCCCUCGCAGGUACCUGGAGGAGGGAGAACUGCAGAAAGAGCAGCAGCAGGUCCUGAGAGGUGAAGAGAUCCAGCCCCCAGCAGAGGAGGGAGCAGUGAAACCAAAUACUGAAGGAGAGGUUGGGAAUUCUUUGCAGCGAGGCCUGGGUACCCUUGGACGUCAGCAGCUGGCUGAGAAAAUCUCUGAUGAUGAAGACAGUGAAGGAGAAGAUGCUAGUGUCACCCAGGGAGAUCUGGAAGCUUUGAUUUCUGGCCGCUACCCUGUGAAAUCAUCGGAGGAGACCAGUGACAGCUCUUCUGCGGUGGCCCAGCCUGCCAGCAAGUGGGUUUGUGCCCAUUCAUCCAACAGCAAGAAGGAUAAUCACAACCAGUGCAUUACAGAGAAGCUGGAAGUGCUGGCAAAGGCCUAUUCUGUCCAGGGGGACAAGUGGAGAGCUCUGGGCUAUGCCAAAGCCAUCAAUGCACUCAAGAGCUACCACAAACCAGUCACGUCCUACCAGGAAGCCUGUAAAAUCCCUGGGAUUGGGAAGCGAAUGGCAGAGAAGAUCCUGGAGAUCUUGGAGAGUGGGCACCUGCGCAAGCUGGAUCACAUUAGUGAGAGUGUGCCUGUGCUGGAGCUGUUUUCCAACAUCUGGGGAGCGGGAGUCAAGACAGCUCAGAUGUGGUACCAGCAGGGUUUCCGGACACUGGAUGAUAUCCGCACCAAGGCGACUCUCACCAGCCAGCAAGCUGUGGGGCUGAAGCACUACACGGAUUUUCUGGAGCGCAUGCCUCGGGAGGAAGCUGCAGAAAUAGAACAGACCGUCAGACAAGCUGCCCUGGCCCUGAAGCCCGGGCUUGUGUGUGUGGCAUGUGGCUCCUACCGUCGGGGGAAGCCCACCUGUGGAGAUGUGGAUGUGCUGGUCACUCACCCAGAUGGGCAGUCUCACCGUGGAGUGUUCAGCAAGCUGCUUGACAGCCUCCACAGGAGCGGCUUCCUUACAGAUGACCUGGUGAGUCAGGAGGACAACGGAGAUCAGAAGAAGUACCUGGGGGUGUGCCGCCUCCCUGGACCAGCCCAGCGUCACCGACGGCUUGACAUCAUCGUGGUGCCUUACAGUGAGUUUGCCUGCGCCCUGCUCUACUUCACUGGCUCAGCUCACUUCAACCGCUCCAUGCGGGCCCUGGCCAAGACCAAGGGCAUGAGCCUCUCGGAGCAUGCCCUCAGCACAGCUGUGGUGCGAGGCCCUGGAGGCGUCAAGGUGGCAUCUGGCCAUACUCUGCCCACCCCUACAGAGAGAGAUGUCUUCAUUCAGCUGGGGCUGCCUUACCGGGAGCCCUCAGAACGUGACUGGUAACAGCUGGUUGUGACCCAACACCCUGGACUCACUGCUGUGCUGCUAUUUUGAAGGGUGCUGGUUUCCCUAGUGCUGCUCUGUGGUGACUGCAGGCUGGGGAACAUAUCGCAGCAAACUGGGGCUCCUUGCGAGCGCAGGGUCCUGUAGCAGGGCUGUGUGGCUUCACGCAGUAGAGGCCGUGGGCUGGAACCAUGCUGGAGGUGCUGCCUGAUGCUACACACGGCCUCUUGUGUCAUAGCUCUCAGGCAGCCGUUGGCUGCCAAAGGGGCUUGCUGCCCAUCAGCUACACUGGCCCUGCUCUCUCUGGGAAAACUUCAGAAGGCUGGGCUGCAGAGCCUUGUGAUCCAGCCCCUCCCACUUCCUGGGAACGGGGGAAGUGGGAUAUGUCUUCCUUUGUGCCUGAGCACAGAAACUCCAAAAUCUCUGGUCUGAGCUGUGUAUGAAGGGAGCUGGCUUCUGUUUUGGCCCUAGAACAGGCCUUCCCCCUUCUCGCUGCUGCUAGCAGUUGCUACUGCAGGAAUCAUGAAGGGUCCCCUGUUGCUGCUGCUGUGUCCUCGCUCCAUCUGAACCAACUUGUGUUCUCUGGUGGGUCUCACCUGCACAGAGCAGGGCUGCUGCGACUGCCAGCAGCUUCCCCUGGUGCCAGGUAAGCCUUGAAGGAGGCGUAGGGACCCGAUGUGCUGUGCCUGCUUGCUCUGAGCCCGUUGUGUGCUGUGAUUCCCCCUGGUCUGGCCCCAAGGGCUUCUUUCCUCUCAGUGCAGGAGAGGAGCGGACCUCGUGGCUCCGGGGAGCUGUGCUUAGGAAGGGUUUGAAUGUAAUGGCACUGAAUGUAAUCCAGCAGGGCUGUGUGUAUGUGCAUAGGAGGCACAGAGGCAGAGAAAAACAUGAAGAGGUAGUUUAGUUCUAAUUUGGGCGAAGCAAAGCUUUCCCUUUGUAGGUGUGGAAGCCAUGGAGUCAUCUGGUCUUUGAUCAGAGUGUGCGUGUGUAUUUGAGUAUACAUGGACAUGUGUCCUGGCCCCAUCAGUUCCAUGGGAGUGAUUUUUAUUUCUCAGGAAACGUCAACUAUCUCGAUAGUCUAGAGAUGAAUGGCCCAGAGACUCAGUGCUCUGUCUCCGUUAUGGGUAUGCAGUGCUUCCUGCUGGCAGAGGUGCUUUCUGUGCCAGGUGUUUCUGUGCCAGGACCCCAGGGCGCUCUCUGGCCAGUCUCUGGGCCUGGCAUGGCCUGGCCUGGCCUCCCGCUCCCUCGUCUUGUAGGGGACCUGCCACCCCGGCUCUGCACUCUGCCAUGUCUUUGUCAUGUGACAAGCUGCGUGUUUGCUGCCGGGGCAGGCACAAGGGUAUUAAACCCGGUGGGUUUGCACGGUUUCUUGCUCCACUGUCAGCCAUGGCUGCUGGGCACCAGCAGUGGGGCUGGGGUGUUUGCUGGGCAGACCUUGACCCCAGCAGUGUCAUUUGUUGGCCCAGCCUUUCUACUGAACACUGAUGGAAAUGAAUGUCUUCUGGUAUGUCUCGGUGCUUUGAAAUUUGAAGUGUAAUAAAU